ACAAUCAUUGAAAGUGGCUGUAUUCUGGUCAGAACGAAGGUGAGCGACUGGUAAGCAGACUGUCAGGGAGGGGGAUCAUGACAUGUUCGCAGUGACUUAUACGAAUAUCUGCCACGUGAUCAGACCGCCAGCUGAGGCGACGGGGGUUCGACGACGACGACGAUGCCGCCCCCGCAGCAGUCCGUGCACCAGCUAUACAAGCGCCUCGAGCGGGUGGGCAAGGGCGCCUAUGGGGCGGUGUACAAGGGAGUCCAUAUACCGACCGGGAACAUCGUAGCCCUCAAGAUCAUUGACUUCGAGGCCGCCGAGGGACAGGGCGAGGACGACAUCGGCGACAUCCAGCGCGAGGUCGCGCUGCUGACCGCUCUUCGGGAUGCUCCCAACAUCACCAAGUACUAUGGCUGCCAUAUGGACGGGCCCCGCGCCUGGAUUGUCAUGGAGCUCGCCGAGGGCGGGUCGGUGUACUCGAUCAUGCAGGCCAGCAAGGACAAGAAACUGGAGGAACGCUUCGUCGCCGUCAUCGUCCGCGAGGUCCUCAUCGCCCUGGCCUACCUCCACCGCGUCCCCGUCAUCCACCGCGACAUCAAGGCUGCGAACGUGCUCAUCACCUCCGCCUGCAAUGUCAUGAUCUGCGAUUUCGGCGUGUCUGCGCUCAUGCAGUCGGCGAAUAGCAAGCGCAACACGAUGAUCGGCACUCCCCUCUUCAUGGCACCGGAGCUGCUUGGAAGCGUCGCGAGCUACGAUACGACGGCGGACAUCUGGAGUCUGGGCAUCAUGGUGUACGAGAUGAUAAUGGGACACCCGCCUCAUUCGCAUCUCAAUCCGCACCAGGCGAUGGACCUCAUCCCCCGUGUGAAGCCCCCCACGCUGCCCGAGAGUGACGGGAGCAAGGAGCUGCGAGACUUCAUGGCUAUGUGCCUGAAGGAGGUUCCGAGCGAGCGCGCGACGGCAGAAGAGCUCCUGAAGACGAAGUGGAUCAAGUCCACGCAGAAGGUGCCCUUGACGAUACUCAAGGAGUUACUCGGUCGCGUGCAGCGCGCAGCGCCUCGCGAAAGUUUGGCGCAACCUAUGGCAUGGGAAGCCGCCGAGCAGGAGGAGUAUGUCCUGUCUGACUGCCAUAGCCUCGUCACUGACAAUAUACACAAGUCUUCAGAACUUCGGCCGAGCUACGAGAGAUUCUAA